AUGGGGGGACGUCCAGUUAGAAGCUCGCAGGGGCGCAACCUCAAAAAUUUUAUGGACGAUGCUGGUUUGGUGGAUAUUGGUUACAAUGGCUGCAAAUACACCUGGACUAAUGCUAGGGAUGAGGUGGAUCUGAUUCAGGAGCGGUUGGAUCGAGCUCUAGCAAAUUCGCCAUGGAUGGACAAUUUCCCACACACUAAGGUUCAUCAUCUCCCUCGCAUUCAUUCUGAUCAUUCUCCUGUUUUAGUUACUUUGCAGAAUUCCUUUAUCUCUGGUUCCUUUCCUUUUAGAUGUAAAGAAAUUUGGUUAUCGCAUCCUGAGUUCUCUAAUUACUUCGUCAAUAAUUGGAAAUUUCCUAAUAAUAAUUUUUUAGAAGGUAGGAAUAGGUUUCUUCGGACCAUUAACGGCUGGAAUCAUAAUAUUUUUGGAAACCUAGAAAAACAAAAAGCCAAUAUUAUGGCUAGAAUUGAUGGUAUUCAAAUUGCUCUGAGUCACCAUUAUUCUCGCUAUUUGAUUAAUCUAGAAGCUGAAUUAAUUGGAAAGCUUAAAGAUAUUUUUAUGAAGGAAAGAAUUAUCUGGGCUCAAAAGGCGGGUCUUGAUUGGAGAAGAUAUGGGGACUAUAAUACUAAAUAUUUCCAUAUUAUGGCUAAGAUUAAAAAAUCGAGAGGAAAGAUCUUAACCCUAAAAAAUGAGGCUAAUGAUUGGAUUACUGAUCAACAGGAAUUAAAAAACAUGGCAACUUCUUAUUUUCAACGUCUCUUUACUACCACACAUCACCAUAGUAAUCUUCACUGCUCUACAAAUAAUGGUUUAAAAUUAAAUGAAGAUGAAAUUAGAGAAUUAUCAGCCAUGGUUUCCAUAGAAGAAGUUCAUCACAACCUUUUUUCUAUGGCCCCUAUUAAAUCCCCAGGACCAGAUGGCAUUCAACCAAUCUUCUUUCAAAGACAUUGGAAGGAUAUUGGCCUUUCUAUUUAUGAAUUUUGUGUUUCUUGUUUCAGAAAUGGCUGCAUCCCCAAAGAUAUUAAUAACUCCUAUUUAGCUUUAAUUCCUAAAAUUGCUAACCCUUCUGUCAUUACUGAAUUUAGACCAAUAGGUCUUUGUAACACUAUUUAUAAGCUGAUCACUAAGAUUGUUUCUUCAAGGCUUAAAUCUGUUUUACAGCGUAUCAUAAGCCCCUUACAAUCUAGUUUUAUUAAGGGUAGGGGAAUUGAAGAUAAUGUUAUUUUGGUCAAGGAAAUGGCUCAUCAUUUUCAUAAGGCAAAGAAGAAAAAUAAAAUAAUGGCCUUAAAAUUGGAUAUCACUAAAGCUUACGAUAGUUUAGAAUGGGGUUUUAUUAGAGAAACUCUUUAUUAUUUUGAAUUUCCAGUGAAUCUUAUCAAUCUCAUUAUGUCCUGCAUCACUUCUUCUUCCAUUUCCGUUCUCUGGAAUGGAGAAAUUUGUGAUCCCUUUUAUCCUUCAAGGGGUAUUAGACAAGGGGAUCCGCUUUCUUCCUAUAUCUUUGUCCUUUGUUUGGACAGACUCUCAAUCAUGAUUGAAAAUUUAGUUCAUCAAGCUCAAUGGAAGCCAGUUGCCUUGACUAAGAAUAUUAAAAUCUCUCACGUUUUCUACGCGGAUGACGUUUUCUUAUUUAGUGUAGCCUCUGAGGAUAACAUGUCUACCAUCAUGGAUACUCUAACUCAUUUUGGGAAUAUGUCUGGAUUAAAGUUAAGUUUGACUAAAUCUACCAUCAUAUUUCCUUCUUCCUUGAAUCACAAUAUAAGGAAUGAUAUUGCUGGAAACUAUGGCCUAAAGAUUUCAACUUCUUUUGGAAAAUACCUAGGGGUAGACAUUAGACCUCAUAAACUGAAAAUCACCAAUUACAAGGGGCUUCUUGACAAAACUAUGGAUAGAAUAAGGGGAUGGCAAGCCAAACUUCUAAACAUGGCUGGACGUUGUACUCUUAUUAAAGCAGUUCUCAAUUCUUUCCCUCUUUAUGCUAUGCAAACCAAUUUAUUCCCAACCACCAUUUCCUAUGCUCUUGAAAAAUGUUGUAGAAAAUUCCUUUGGAACAAAGUGGAUAAUAGUAAAUAUAUGUCAAGAAUUGCUUGGAGUAAGGUUACUAGUUCUACUACUUUGGGAGGCUUAGGGAUUAGAAGGCUUAAAGAGUGGAACUUAGCUUUUAUGGCAAAAUUAGGGUGGAGCAUUCUAACUAAACCAGACAAGCUAUGGGUGAAAAUUAUGAAAGAAAAAUAUCUUAAGAAUACAAAUCUUUUAAACUGCUUUCCUACUUAUAAUCAGUCCCCUAUAUGGAGAGACAUUCUCAAAGGAAAUCCAAUUCUCCAUCAGGGAUUAAUGAUAGGGAUUGGGAAUGGGAAGAACACUUCUAUCUGGUAUCAUCAUUGGAUUGGGGAAGCUCCUCUUUACACUCUUGAGGGUAUUAAAAUUCCAGACCUAAAGGCUCACUGGUUUGUUGAAAGAAUAAUUAAAGAUGGGAAGUGGCAUUUGGAUGAAAUCCAACAUAUCAUCCCUUCUCAUAUAAAAGAUCUUAUUUUGGCCUACCCUCUUUCUAACAAUUCAGAGGAGAAGGACUUCAUUCGAUGGAAAUUCUCAAAAAAUUGGGAUUUUGAAAUCAAAUCAGCUUAUCAUAUUCAGUUAACGAGCCCUUCACCCAUCAUUCAAGAUCAUGUUCCUUGGAACUCUAUUUGGAAAAUUAAAUGUCAUUUUAAAUAUAAAAUGCUUCUCUGGAAUUGCUGCCAUGAAAUUCUACCUGUAGCUUCCUCUUUAAAUCAGAAAAUCAACAGUAUCAGUCCGAUUUGUACUAGAUGUCUCCACCAUAAAGAAGAUCACAUACAUCUUUUUAGAGAUUGUCCUCAAUCUAGUGUGCUUUGGUCUUUUAUUUUCCAAAGAGUAUGGAAAAAUGAAAAGUUCCAAUAUAAUCGCUUUUAUAAUACAGACUGGAGGAAUUGGAUUCAGUUUAAUCUUCAUAACUCAAAAAGAUGGAAAGUUAUUUUUACUAUAGCACUUUGGCAUAUUUGGAUUACAAGAAACAAAGCAGUCUUUGAUCUAAAAAUGAAAAGUGCCUUCUCUCUUUAUAAUUCUUUUUUUGUGGAUUGGAAUUCUACUAACUUAGCUUUUCAGGAUAAGUUUCCAAACAACAGGUCUGAUAAGGUCAUACCAAAGAAGCAUUGGAUGCCACCCAUAGAAGGGUACAUGAAGCUUAACAUAGAUGGUGCGUGGAAGUCAGGGAACAUAGCUGGAGGGGGAGGUGUCUUUCGAAGACACACUGGUUCCUGGUUUGUGGGAUUCUCCACAAAAUUUAAGGUUCAUUCUCCUCUAGCUUCUGAGCUUUAUGCAUUGAGAGAGGGCCUGAAGAUAGCAAAAAACUUCAUGAUUGACAAAUUGGAAAUAGAGAAUGAUGCUCUAAAUCUGAAGUUGUUGCUGGAUAAGGUGAAGGAUCAUCCUCAUCAUGAGUUGGGCCCUGUUCUUAGGGAGGUUUCUCAGUUAUUAGGGGAGGGAUGGAUUAUCACUUUUUCUCAUAUCCCCAAAACUUACAAUAGAGUUGCUCAUGCCUUAGCAGCGCAUUCUUUAAUUAUGAUGGUGCAGCAUAAGCUUCAUUAUAUAAUUCCUUCCUGUGCCAAAGAUGAAUAUGAAGGGGAUUUUGAGAAAGCAAAUCCAGUCUAUGUAGAAGAGAUGAGAAGAAACGCUCGUGAGCAGGUUCGAGCUAUUUGUAAUGCAAAAAAGAAGAAUACGGAGAUUAUAAACACGAUUUGUGAAGGUCCUUCAGCUACUCAGAUUGUUUUUGGCUCCAUUGUUUCGACCAUUAAGAAGGGGUUGCAAAGUUCAAAUACUGCUCAGCAAGGAGUUGAGGUGGAUAAAGGAAAAGGCAAGGAGUUUGUUCCAUUCGUUGUUGGUGGUUCAACAACAACAAAUAACGUACAUGUUGUUGAAAUUGAAGAUGAUGAGGAAAAUGGAAGCGUUACCAACAACUAA